GCAGAGACAAGAAUAUCCCUGCGGGGCUGCAGUCCAUGAACCAAGCUCUGCAGAGGAGGUUUGCCAAGGGAGUCCAGUAUAAUAGAAAAAUGUCAGUCAAAACUCAUCCACUCAGUAGGAGGAAAGAGACGCUCACCUGGAGAGUGCUGAAGCUGGGAAGUGCUGUUGGACCUGUUCAAACUGAGCAUGUGGUGCCAUGAGUACCUUACGUUGCUCCCAGCAUGAGCUGCUCAGGGGUGGGAGUGAUCUUGGCACUCCAGCUGUGCCUCCCCUCUGCUGCUCCAGCUGCCUCUGUAGCUGGGCACUUGAGCUAGAAAAGAAAACAGAAAAGCAAUAGUUUUGGGGUUAUUUUUCAACUAGUUCAGUUCCUUGGUCCAAGUCCAUAUGUAGCUGCAUAGAGAAUGCUGUUUGCACUAGGAAAGUCCCAGGGGAGGUUAAGAUUGCCCCUUCUGGGGAAAGUUCACAGUCAACUUGCCUGGGAGUGAUUCUGAAAGUGCGCCUUGAGAGCAGCCUAACUAUUUAAAGAAGGGUCUGUCACUUAAAGCUCACUGGUUGGGUAUCUCAUGCUGUAGUCCAUGGGGGAAUAUUAAUCAUAAAAUGGCUCCCUAAGGUAGGCAGUGAGAGAAUUAGGAAAGGCUUGGGUUUUAAAGGGGACAAAUGGAAUCUCGUUCUGCCUGUGUCAUGGACUUGCUGCAUUAGUUCAGAAAAAUCAAAGGGAUCCUCCAUUGAAUGUUUCACCUGCUGUGAGUAGGAAACAAUCACGUGCAGGUCAAUGGAAAAAGCAGGAAAUGUCUUGUUGUCCCUGCAGAGAUGCUCUGGGACCUCUGUAAUUCUAUAGAUAAUAUAUUCGGUUUUUGCAUUUGUUGUCCUUUUGCUAUUUCAAUAAAGUAACUUUGUAAAAGAACAAACAGCCCUACAUCUCAGUGUACAACAACAACAGACAGUGGAACUGCAGCACAAAAUUUCAACAGACAAAACUCUUCCACAGUCUUUGUACAUGUUUUACCUUGAAUACCUCUUAAACUUUUCUCUGAAGUGCCUGCAAUAAUUCUUCAGUUGCAACAGAAGGCAGCCUUCAGUCUGAGAUUUCCCUGUACAAAUGAUGAUGCUCAACCUAAUGCAAAUCCCCUGAAUCUGCCAUUAGAUAUAUCUUAGUGGCCCAUUUUGUAGGGGAUAAUAGUUCCUAUUCAAAAAACAAGCAUAAAAAUCCUGUUGAUGUCAGCUUAUGUUUCCGAAUAGCCUUGUGGUUGCCACUUGAAACAAGGAUGGUAUUUAAAAAAAAAAUCCCAUAGUGUAACAGAAGAUUUAGAAAACAAGACAUGGUGUUUUCUGAUAGAACAAGGUAACAUUAGGGUUGACUCUGGGAAUCACAGAAUCAUAGAACUAUAGAAUAGUUUGGGUUAUAAGGGACCUUGAAGAUCAUCUAGAUCCAACCCCCCUGCAUGGGCAGGGACACCUCCCACCAGCCCAGGUUGCUCCAAGCCCCAUCCAACCUGCCCUUCAACACUGCCAGGGAUGGGGCAGCCACAGCUUCUCUGGGCAGCCUGGGCCAGGGUCUCACUGCCCUCACACUAAAGAAUUUCUUUUGAAUGUCUAACCUAAAUCUCCCUCUUCCAGUUUUAAUCCAUUACCCCUUGUCCUCUCACUACAAGCCCUUGUCCAAAGUCCCUCCCCGGGUUUCCUGGAGCCCCUUGAGGCACUGGAAGGUGCUCUAAGAUCUCCCUGGAGCCUUCUCCUCUCCCAGGCCAAACAUCCCCAACUCUCCCAGCCUGUCUUCAGAGCAGAGCUGCUCCAGCCCUUGGAUCAUCUUCAUGGCCUCCUCUGGACUCUCUCCAGGAACUCCAUGUCCUUAAUUUGGGGAAUCCAGAACUGGACACAGUUCUCCAGUGAAAAUUGUCAUCCGAGGGGACAGGAACACUGGGAAAACCACACUUUGGCACCGACUGCAGGGAAAGAAAUUUAUUGAGGAAUAUAUUCCAACUCAGGAGAUCCAAGUCACCAGCAUCCACUGGAAUUAUAAAAAGAGAAUGGAUUUCUGUAGCUGCAGGACUGUCUCCACUGUUUGUCCUGCUCACAUGAAGAUGUUAUUGCCACUGACGAUAUUGUUAAAGUUGAAGUCUGGGAUGUAGUUGACAAAGGAAAAUGCAAAAAACGAGGAGAUGGUUUGAAACUGGAAAAUGACCCUCAGGAGGCAGAGUCAGAAAUGGCUCUGGAUGCAGAGUUCCUGGAUGUCUACAAGAACUGCAAUGGUGUAGUGAUGAUGUUUGACAUCACCAAGCAGUGGACAUUUAACUAUAUUCUAAGGGAGCUUCCCAAAGUGCCGACCCACGUUCCAGUGUGUGUGCUGGGGAAUUACCGGGACAUGGGGGAGCACCGGGUCAUUCUGCCUGGCGAUGUGCGGGACCUCAUCGACAGCCUGAACAGGCCUCCUGGCUCCUCAUAUUUUCGCUAUGCUGAGUCUUCCAUGAAGAACAGCUUUGGCCUCAAGUACUUGCACAAGUUCUUCAACAUCCCCUUCUUGCAGCUGCAGAGGGAGACGUUGCUACGGCAGCUGGAGACGAAUCAGCUGGAUAUUGAUGCAACUUUGGAGGAGCUGUCGGUGCAGCAAGAGACAGAAGAUCAGAACUACGAACUCUUCCUUGAAAUGAUGGAAGCCCGAAGUCGAGGCCACACGUCGCCACUAGCAACGAAUGGGCAAAGCCCCUCCUCUGGCUCCCAGUCACCCAUAGUCCCUCCGAGCUCCACAUCCACUGGCAGCUCCAGCCCUGGCACCCCGCAGCCACUGCAGCCACUCUCCACAAGCUCCACCAUCUCUUCUGAACCUCCCCCAUCUUUCUCACCAGUGCCUGCACCUGAGGCCCAGCAGCCACACGCGCCUCCACCAGCGACCCCCUCCCCAGCCCCUCCAGCUGCAGCCCCAGCACCAAAGCGCAGCAUUAUUUCACGUCUCUUUGGGACAUCCCCUGCAGCAGACCCUGCUCCUCCUCAGCCAGCUGCUGUUACUAACACAGAUCCUGCUGCUGCCACGCCUCCCCCCCUCCCUGAAGCCCCUGCAAAAGUACAGAGUGUGGAGGACUUUGUUCCUGAUGACAGCCUGGACCACAGCUUCCUAGAGGACCCAGCCCCACAGAGGAACAGGGGGAAACCACAGCCGAAACACCGUGUGGACAGUGAGAGCGAUGGAGAGGUGCCUGGGGGGAACCCCAUGGUGGCAGGUUUCCAAGAUGACCUGGAUCUGGAUGACAGAAUCCCCAGCAGACCUGUGCCAGCAGCUGAACGGGUGCCCAGCAAGAAUGUCACUCUCUCCAGUGAGGAGGAGGAGGAGCUGAAGGACUCUAAGGUUGUCCUCAUACCUGAUGAGGACAUCGACACAGAGCAGGAAAAAAAAAGGUCUUCCAGAAAUUCUCUGAAACCACAGAGUGAAGCAGUUUUGACCAAAGCAACUGACUCGAAGCCUCCUGACAGUUUACCUCCACAUGCUGGGUCUGAAAGAAACAGCAGCAGCAAGGUCAACACUAGCCUGCCAGCUGCUGCCACUGCCACCCCAGCAGCAGUCCAGGCCCCAAAGACCACUUCCCAAAGCAAAGGACAUGCUCUCAAGCAGAAAGUGGUCAAAGGCGAAGAGCCUGAGGAGUCUGACAGUGACCAAGAGGGACCAAUAGCUACUCAGAUGCUCUCAUUUGUUAUGGAUGACCCAGACUUCGAAAGUGAAGAUUCUGACAGCCAGAAGAAGAAAAUGGAUGAAUUCCCAGUCCGGGAAGAUCUCUCUGAAAUAUCUGAUGAUGAUACCUCAUUAGCAAAGCCACCUCAGCCUGUGAAAUCAACAGUCCACUCCUUUAAACUGAAAAAUGACUCAGAUCUCUUUGGUUUGGGUUUGGAGGAAACUGGUCCCAAGGAGAGCAGCGAGGAAGAUAAACAGCCUUCUAAGGAGAAAAAGAAGAAGAAAAAGAAGAGCAAAGAGGAAGAGGAGAAGUCUGUGAAAAAGAAGAGCAAACACAAGAAGAGCAAAGAGAAGGAGGAGAGCAAAGAGGAGAAAGAUAAAAAGAAAAAGAAAAAGAAGAGCAAGGAGAAAAACAAUGAGAUAGAUGAACUUGAGGCUUUUCUUGGAGGAGGAGGAGCCAGCAUGAGCAAGCCACGAGGAGGAGGGGACUAUGAGGAGCUGUAGGCUGCGGGUACACGCAGUGGACUCUCCUGUCAUGGCUGUCUCCAUCCUUUCUUACGAGUCACACCAGGACAGGUGCAGAUGUAUAAAGCUUUGGCCAUUUGCCAUAUAUCCUCUCAAACCAGAGCUGGCAAAACAAAAGCUUUGCAUCUGUGUGUGCUGUUCUAGUGCAUUCGUUACACAAAGAAAAUCCAGCUGAGAUGUACUUGAGCAAGGGGAAGGUUCAGUGCACAGUUCCCAGGCUCGCUUCCAGGCUGUCAUUUUUUUCCUUCCAGAGAUGCCCUGUGGGGCAGCUGGCAGGGUGUGGGAGGCAAAGGGACCUGCCUUCUGCUCCACCCCUGCUAAAUUCCACUCCUGCACACCCGAAAUUCCUACCUUGUUAAGAGGAGUGCAACAAAACAUGCCGCAUGAACGCAUCGUGCCCGCCUGUCUGAAAUCUUUAACUUUUUAUCCUUCCUAUUUUUUUAAUGAGAAAGGUUGUAUUGGCCAUUGCUCCACCCAGCAGUUCAUGAGCUUUAAAUCAAGCAGAUCAUGCUGUGGGUGCAGCUCUAAAACCACAGCCAGAGGGCCAGAGUGAGAGAGAGCGCAUGUGAUUUUGGAGUCCUGUGAACGGGACCUUUCUGCACAGCAGCUUAAUUAGCACUCACUGGUGCUGCUGUUGGAAUUCAUGAUGUCCCAUUGAUUUCCGUGGCCCCAGUGUCUCAGACACUACAUGUAAGCUGCUAUGCAGUUUGGGAAAACAAUGCAAAGUGCAAAGUUAACCUGAAGAAGAGAGAGAGAAAUCUGUGCUUUUCUGCAUUUCCCACCCCUUGAAUUUGCAUAUACUAGAAUCCACUCCCUUCAGUACCUCUCAGGGACAUGACUCUCAUGUGGAAAUGAAGAUAUCCAGAGCUUCAGAACUGUCUGCAGGGAAGUGUUGGCAUGGUGAGGGAUUUGCUCCUCAGGUGUUUCACAGUCAUGCUGUAAAACAUGGUCUGCCUCUACAUGGAGAGGGACACCCAGUGUAGCUCAGAUAGUGUCACUCUGGUCCAGCUUCUGCCUGUACUGCAGCCAUGUUCACAGGCCAAGCCUCCCAGCAGCCAGUGUGUUGCUUUUCCCUGCCCCAGGUGGAGAACCUCCUCCCAUCCCAUGUGUUUGGGAAGCCUUUCAGUUUUUGCUUUGAACACAAGCUCAUGGUUGGUGCCUGCUCAGCAGCAUCAGGCUGGGCACUACAGGGCAGCCCCUCACACUUGCCUGGCUCUCAGUGAGCAGCCCGUAUGUCUGAUGGAGCUCGUUAGUUCUCCCUGCCCAAUUCUGGUUUGGUUCUGGUGUCCCUUGUGCAGCUCAGGCAGUGGAGCUCUCUCAAGGAUCUGUGCAUUCCGUUACUCUGUGGCUUGCAGGUUGAUUUGUAGUUUGGUUUUGUUCUCCCUCUCCCCUUUCUCUUCUGAAAUGUCAACGAUGAAAUCCAAGCUGAGGUUUCCUUCUACAUCCCUAUAAAGCUUUUUGUUCUGUA